AUGGCGGACGUGCCGACGGCCACGUCAAGCGUAGUCCUCAUAGCCGAUCGUUGCCACAUUGAACUCGGCCUGGCGCCUUGGAAGCGACACCGCGUCGGGCGAACCAACCCCGGCUUGGUGUCUACCUACGUCCGCCUGGCCAUUGGCGAGGAAGGGUACCCGGUAGCUGCCAAUCUCGAUGACUUCGCGUUCGACAAGGCCGGGAAGACUUGGGUGACGACAGACUUCACUAGUAAGGUGUUCAUCGUCGAUGCGGACGGCUCGGGCCAGCUCGUCGUCGGUGGCGGCUCUGCUGCCGCCUUUGGUAGGACAUGGGGAGAUAGUCAGAUCUUGGAGGGCCGGUUAGGAACCAAUAUUUAUACGCCUUUCACUUCUUGA